CAGGAGAAGGGGGGUUGCGGAGGGGAAUUAUACGAGGGGGGUUCGGGUGGCGAUGACUGCGGCGGCGCAUACGGGUUAUUUGCGUUUUGACUUUAGGGGUGAAGGUGUCGAGGAGUCUGGGACUGUAGAUCUAAUAGAGCCUUACGUCCAUAUCCAAGUAUCUCGCCGUAACUGGACUGGACAAGUGCAGAUCGACCCGCAGCGACAGGAGAUAUCCGGGAGCAACCCCCAGCGGCAAGACUACCGGUUAGGCCCGGACAAGCCUGCUUCUUUUCGGGGGUAUUUCGUGUCCCGGUUCUCCGCGCCAUUCUCAUCGUACGGAACAUCCCUCGGCGCCAAUCUCUCGGAAGGAAACGAGCAGGCCUCGGGCGAGCUGCUAGGUGCGUACGCCAAGUUCCCCGCAAACCAGACCCGCGUGGAAGUGCGCACGGCCAUAUCCUUCGUCAGCGUAGCGCAAGCGCGGAAGAACCUCGACAUCGAGAGCCCCGACGGCACCUCGUUCGAGGAUGCGGUCGAGCGCACGAAAGCGGCGUGGCUAGACAAGCUGGGCCGCGUAACCAUCGAGGGCGUCAACGCCACCGACGCGGACCACGACCCGCGCACCAUCUGGUACACCGGGCUCUUCCACGCCCUGCAGUACCCGAGCGACUUCUCCGAGCCCACCGACGAUCCGAGCCGCGCCCGCACCUUCUACAGCGGGUACACCGACAGCGUGCACACGAGCAACGACUCGUACUACCAGUCCUGGUCGCUCUGGGACACCUACCGCGCCGAGCACUCCCUGCUCACCCUCUUCGCCCCCGAGCGCGUCAACAGCAUGAUGCGCACGCUCCUCCGCAUCUUCGACUGGACGGGCCGCCUGCCCAUGUGGGCCAACCUCGUCGAGACGAACAUCAUGAUCGCGACCAACGCCGACGCCGUGCUCGCCAACGCCCUAUCCCGCGGCUUCCGCUCCUUCGACCUACAAAAGGCGUGGGCCGCCGCGCGCAAGGACGCCUACGUGCCCCCCGAAAACGACACCCAGCUCCUCUACUACGACCGCGAGCCCGACACCCCCUACGAGGCGCGCGCCGGGCUGACGAGCUACAUGCGCCACGGCUGGGUCGACAACGACCGGUGGGCCGAGUCCGGCUCGCGGACGCUGGACUACGCGUUCAACGACGCGGCGUGCGCCGUCGUCGCGCGCGCCGCCGGCCUCCCCGCCGAGGCCGACGCGCUCGAGGCGCGGAGCAAGAACUACGCGCACCUCUGGGACAGCGGCACCGGGUUCAUGCGCGCGCGCAACGCGAACGGGUCCUUCGCCGACGCCGCCCGCGGCUGGACGGAGGGCGACCGCUGGGCGUACACGUUCGACGUGCUGCACGACGCCCCCGGGGGGCUCGCCGCCCUGUUCCCCCGGGGCCGCCGCGGGAUGAGGGAGAAGCUCGACGAGCACUUUGGCGGCGGCCACAACGUGCACGGCAACGAGCCGUCGCACCACAUCCCGUACCUGUACGCGCUGAUCGGGUACCCGGCGGCGGCGGCGGAGACGGUGAGGGGGGUGGCGUGGGAGAACUACAACGCGACGAGUAGGGGCUUGGCCGGGAACGAGGAUCUGGGCCAGAUGAGCGCGUGGUACGUGUUCUCGGCGCUGGGGUUCUACCCCGUGAACCCGGCGGGGGAGGAGUAUGUUGUGGGUUCGCCGUUUUUUGAGAGGGUGAGGAUUAGAUGGCCGGAGGGGGCGGCGACGGGUGGGGAGGUGGCUGCUGCGGAUGGUUGUGGUGGUGGGGGGAGGGGGGAGACGUUGGUUAUUGAGGCACGAGGCGCUGCAAAGGGUAAGCCGUAUGUAAAGGGGUUGAGCGUCGAUGGGAGGGUUGUGGAUCGCCCGGUGCUGAGACAUGCGGAUAUUGUGGGCGCGAGGUUGAUCAAGUUUGAGAUGAGUGAUACGCCCACGGGAUGGGGCGAGGAGGGAGAGUUGUGAUAGAAAAGUAAGUGCUGAGGAUGAUUGGUCUAUAUGGUAUGCCCAUGUACCUAGGUAGGUAGUGGUCUGACCAACCUGAUUAUGAGCUUCUAACCUACGACGUACUGCUUACCUAUGCGCCUAGGCUGUAGUAUGUGGAAGGAGACGGCACCUAAUGUCAAGCUACGUUCUAAUAUGUGACCUCUGUGUAGGAGGUACCACGUAGGUAGGUAAAAAUCCUGACGUGGAACUAGGUAGAAGAAAGGUAGUAUAGAUACGUUUUCAUGCUUGUAGCCAGCGUCAACGAGU